AUGAAGUCAAGAACACUAGAUUUCUUUUUCAAAAAGUCCAAUGGCGGGCAAGCUUCAAUUCUAAGUGUUCAAAAUGAAACUCAUGAGCAACAACAAAAUCCAAAAGGAGGAAAAAGAAAUGACAUUCCCACUACUAACAAUAAUCGUCCUCAUAAAUUUGUAAGAGUUAAGUUAGGUGAUAAUGUUAACCAUUUUGUUGUUGAACGCGAUCCUGGAUUACGUAAACAAAUUAAUGAGUAUCAUCCCAAUGAUCGUGAAAAACUAAUGAGGGACAAAGUACAAGAAGAAAUAAGAAAGGAGAUUGGAGAGGCAAAAUUUUGUAUCAUUCUGGAUGAAUCACAAGACAGAGCUGAAAGAGAGCAAAUGACGAUUGUGUUAAGGUUUGUUGAUAAGUUUGGCAUUCUUAAGGAGCAGUUUCUUGAUCUCGUCCAUGUUAAAAACACUGCAUCAUUGACUUUAAAAGAAGAAUUAUAUCAAGUUUUUUCCUACCACAACUUGAAUAUUAAAAAUGUCCGAGGUCAAGGGUACGAUGGUGCUUCCAAUAUGCUAGGAGAAUUUAAUGGCUUAAAAGCUUUGAUAUCGAAGGACUCUCCUUAUGCAUAUUAUUUGAUGGCUCUUCUAAAAGACAUGAUGAACUACAUGCUAAUUAAUCAACAAUCUGAAAUAGCUCACAAUGUUGCCCAUGAGGGGACCAAAACUGGAAAAGGGUUGAAUCAGAUUGGAAAUUUACAAAGAGCUACUGACACUCGAUGGUCAUCUCAUUUGAAUUCUAGUACUAGUUUGAUGAGAACAUUUAGUGCAACUGGUAAGGUUCUUAAAACUGUUAUAAAGGAAGGGAAUUCAGAAAAGUGUGCAAGUGUUGAUGCUGCUUAUGAUUGCUUGAUGUCUUUUGAGUUUGUAUUUAUUUUGCAUUUGAUGGGAGAACUUUUGGGGUUGACUGAUAAUUUUUGUCAAGCUUUUACAACGUCGUGGUUAAGACAUAGUUAA